UACAUGCUGAGAUGCCUGUAACCAAAUCUAAAGGAAUUCAACUCUGGAUUAAUCUCUCUGCCAAAGACAAAAUGAUAGAGCCCUCUUUUCAGAAUCUUAAGGAUGAAGAGAUCAAAAAGGCGAAUCCUGAAGAAGGAAUUGAAGUUAAAGUUAUUGCAGGUUCAAGCUUUGGUGUUAAAAGUGAUGUGUUUACUAGAACCCCUACCAUAAUCGGUUAUUUUGGUGAAAAUCGAUUCAAAGGGCAAGAAAGUUAUGCUUUAUUCUUGGAUAAUAAUAAUGGUGAUUAUUUACCAGUUGAUGCGGCUGAUAAUGAUGUUAGAUUUAUGCUCUUUGCCGGUCAACCUUUAAAGGAACCAGUA